GCGCAGGCGUAGAGUACGCUUGGCAGCGCGCGAGGCGGAGGUACGCUGUUUGCCGGUUUCCGCGCGGGUCUGGGUCGCGGAACCCGGUGGCUGCUGCGCGGGCGUCAUGUCAGACAACGAGGACAAUUUUGAUGGAGACGACUUUGAUGACGUGGAGGAGGAUGAAGGGCUCGAUGACUUGGAGAAUGCCGAGGAGGAGGGCCAGGAGAACGUUGAGAUUCUCCCUUCUGGAGAGCGACCGCAGGCCAACCAGAAACGAAUCACCACACCAUAUAUGACCAAGUAUGAACGAGCCCGCGUGCUGGGCACCCGAGCCCUUCAGAUUGCGAUGUGUGCCCCCGUGAUGGUGGAGCUGGAGGGGGAGACAGAUCCCUUACUGAUCGCCAUGAAGGAGCUCAAGGCCCGGAAGAUCCCCAUCAUCAUUCGCCGAUACCUGCCUGACGGGAGCUACGAAGACUGGGGUGUCGACGAGCUCAUCAUCACCGACUGAGCCGGAGUCAGCCUCCGGACUGGGCCUCUGCCCGUGGCUCGUCUCAUAGUCUUUUUAUAGUCUUUAUAUGUGUAAAUAGUAAAUUCUUCAACUUUCAA